AUGUCUAACGAGGCCCAGUUCGAUGCCGCUCUAGAUCUCCUUCGACGCCUAUCACCCCUCUCCGUUUCCAAAAAUCUCGACGCAAUCACUGCCCUCGUUCCUGACCUCACCGAGGACCUUCUCUCAUCCGUCGACCAGCCGCUGACCUCAGCAAGGGACAAGAAGACCGGGCGGGACUACCUUUUGUGUGACUACAACCGAGAUGGCGAUUCUUAUCGAAGUCCUUGGAGCAAUGAAUUCGAUCCUGCACUCGAUGAUGCUACCUACCCCAGCGACCGGGUAAGAAAGAUGGAAGUCGAGGCCAACGAAGCAUUCGAAGUGUACAGACAAAUGUACUAUGAGGGUGGCAUCGGCAGCGUCUAUCUGUGGGACUUGGACGACGGUUUUGCCGGGGUGGUGCUGCUAAAGAAGAGUGUAGGCAAAGAGGCUGGCUGGGACAGUAUUCACGUUUUCGAAGUCGACGAGAGAAGAGGCGGAGCACGUACAUGCCACUACAAGUUGACAAGUACGGUCAUCCUGCAUCUGGGCCGAGAGUCCGAGGCAGUCGGCUCUCUCAAUCUGGCAGGCAGCAUGACAAGACAAGUCGAAGCUGAUCUGGUGGCGGAAUCCGUUGGGGCUCUGGGCAAAGACGGAGGCCAUGUAUGCAACGCCGGCCGUCUGGUUGAAGAUAUGGAGGGCAAGAUGAGAAAUCUGCUGCAAGAGGUCUACUUUGGAAAGGCAAAAGAUAUUGUUGGAGAUCUACGGAGUGUUGCUCCCUUGACUGGCGUGAAUCGAGACCGACAAGCACAGAGGGAUGUCAUCUCAAGUAUGGGCGGCAAAUGA